GUCAUAACGUGACGUUAGUUUGUAAACAUAUAAAUCAAAGCAAAGAUUAAAUAAUUAAUUAUUCCAUUCCACUCACUCAGUUCCGAGAUAGAACCAAACCAAGUCUACCUAGUAACAACGGCUCGUUCGAGAGUUCACUUUCACUACCAAUUGAAACAGAAGGUUUAUCAUUUUACAACAACGGUUUAAGAAAUUCACACAGUUCAAGCGCUGAAUAUAAAUUCGAAGGUAUGGGUGUUACUGUUUUGCCAGCUUUAUCGGAUAAUUAUAUGUAUUUGAUUGUGGAUGAAAACACUAGACAGGCAGCAGUAGUAGAUCCAGUUGAACCUGACAAAGUUUUACAGGCAGUUGAAAGGGAAAAUGUAAAUCUGACAAAAAUUUUGACAACCCAUCAUCACUGGGAUCACGCUGGUGGUAAUCAAGAACUAGUUAAGAAAUCGAAGAAUACAAUUCAAGUGUUUGGUGGUGAUGAUAGAAUUGGAGCAUUAACCAAUAAAGUACAAGAUGGAGAUAGUUUCAAUAUUGGCGAUACAAAGGUGGAGUGUAUUUAUACUCCUUGCCACACAAGUGGCCAUAUUUGUUACCUCGUGAAGACCCCAUGUCAGGACCCUGUUGUUUUCACUGGAGAUACUUUAUUCAUUGCUGGGUGCGGAAGGUUUUUUGAGGGCACCGCUGAGCAAAUGUGUGUUUGCCUCCUAGAUAAACUGGGAAAUCUGCCUGGCAACACUAGAGUCUUUUGUGGCCAUGAAUAUACUUUGCAAAACUUGAAAUUUGCCAAACAUGUAGAGCCUAAUAACCAGGAAAUCAUGAAAAAAAUUCAAUGGGCCUGUGAUAAACGAGAAAAGGGGGAACCGACUGUUCCUUCAACAAUCUCCGAAGAGAAGCUGAUAAAUCCGUUUAUGAGAGUGAGGGAGACGACAGUGCAACAUCAUGCUUCUUGCAGUGACAUUGUUGAAACUAUGAGGACUAUUCGAAAGGAGAAAGAUAACUUUAAGUAAAUUGAUAAAAGUCUUGAUAUUGUUGUUUUGUAUAGAUAUUUUCACAAUAAAAGAAUCAGGAACAUAUUCUAUUAGAACCUUUCAUAAAGUUGAUAUUUUGUUAAAGAUUGUUGGAUUUUUGGUGUUUUUAUGUUGUCUCUUAAUUUUUUCAAGAUAUUAAAAAAGUUGUUUUAU